AUGUUGCGCCUGUUGUCUUGGACAGGUUGUGAUAAAGCCGCUUCGCCAGAAAUGAGAAUGUUUGUUCCCAAACAAGACUCACCUGCUUCCGGUGCCAUCACAAUGCCUCCCAAGCACAAGCGCAAACAGUCUGGUGACAAUCAGGACCAGUCGGAGAGGAAACGGGCGAAGAUCGUUGAAAAAAACAACUCGAAGCCCUCCUCUUUGGUAAGUGCCCUGGCCCCUCCAGUUGAAGUCCAGACGAUGAACGCCUCCCCUACCAUGGACGGCAUACCGCCCUCCCUUUCCACGCCACCAGACAUCAAGACGGAAGACUCCGAGCUGGAGCAUUCCACAGGCGCAAAUACGGGAGCAACGUCCAUCGAGGACGACAAGGUGGCCACGAAACGUCUUGAUCCGCUGCGCAACGUCAUCCAGACUCAAUUGAGUUUGGAGAUCCUGCUCAAGCACAAAGAACUCCGCCUUAUUGAUCAAGAAAUUGCAAAAUGCCAGGCUUCACUAGAGCAGCUGCGGAGAUGUAAGGAGAUUCCUUAUCCAGCGACUCAACAACCUUCCCUAGCGGUAAGCAACGGCACAGGUGCUGCUUUACGCAAAGGUUUCCCAAUGCCUCUGCCUCAAUCUCCUCCACCUUGGGGGGUGACUGAUGGUCCUUAUGCUCGCCACUACGCAAAAUGGCUCCUACCAGACGCACGUUUUGACGGUGGUGUCGAUCCAGAACCUGUGGGCAGAAUCCCAACCGGUAAAUCGCCCAUGAAGUUCAGAUCCAUGAGAGGAAGCUUUGAAGCCCCGUCUGCCUCGAGUAGCUCCCGUUCCAACCGUGGUGGUAAAUUGAAGGCUUUGCCCCCUGGUUACGGUCAACCCAAGGAGAAAGCUACCGGCCCGAUGAUUGUCAAGCGCAAGUCUGAUGGAUUGACUGUCAAGUUAGUCUGUCCCGACUGUGGCCGACAUGAUUUUGGAAGUGCUCAGGGUUUCAUCAACCACUGUCGUAUUGGUCAUGGCAGAAGUUUUGCUAGUCACGAUGCGGCAGCCGAUGCUUGCGGAGAGCCGGUAGAAGUCGAUGAGUCGGGAGCCAUUGUUGGUGCUGAACCAACAGCAACACCCACAACAGGAAAUGUACAUCCUCUGAUCCGUUCAGCCAAGCUCUUGCAGCCAACUCCACCGAAAGCAUACACUCAGAACACGGCCCCCGCUCCUACAGCGAAGAGCGUCUCGCCUAAUUUCAAAGAAUCAGCUUUGACGCCAAAUCUUUCAGACCUGGUUAAAAGCCGAGGUUUUGGUAUCGAUCUAGAUAUGCUGGUCACCGAAGCUAAGACGAAAGUAGAACUUUCAGACGUGGAAUCGGAUGAGGAGGAGGACAUUGAUAUUCCUGUGCAGACUGCUGGACAAGGUCGUCAUCCCCAGGUUGCAAUGAGCAAGCAGCCUCCGAAACCCACCAAGUCACCCAUGUCUUCUCCGCUACUGAGCACAAGUAUGACACGCACACCGAAUGUGCGCCGGAAUGCGAUCCCUCAGUACGACGGGGCAGCGGACGAUUUCAUACAACACCGGCCUCGAGGAAUCCAUCUACCCAUGACGCACUCAGCUGGAACUGAUUUGCAACCAUCGGAUCCCUCUCCCACCAGCGAGUCCAACCAGGCGCCUAGUUUGGUUGAUGACGAUGAGGAAUAUGAAGCACAUUCGCCAACUAGCAGUUCUGUUUCUGACGAGCAUGAUGAUGGGGAAGUGGUCUUCGAGGUUCAAGGGGACGAUGAUGACGCACGGACUGUUCUUCAUGCGCCCGAGUUUCAAGGAAGUCAACCAGGUUGUGCGCAGCCUGCUAGGCCUGCCACUCAUGCAAGGCGGCCGUCGGCCAUAAGGCGACACGGCGAAGACAGGGAAGAGAAGCACGUCAGCUUCGUCAGCCCGAGUCCUGCAAGAGAUAUGCCCAUGGGUCGUCAGAGUGCAGACCGGAAGAAACGGAAGGUUCAGUGA